AUGAGCUUACAAGUCCCAAAGCUAAAUCAGCAUGAGAUUAGGCAGAUCGUUGAUUAUAGGUUUGUGGGGUGCAUGUCACGUGAUGUGGAACGUGGUUUAUUUACAGUUGGUGGGUUGGCAGCUUUGGAUUCUACUGUUUCAGAGGUUUACAACUGCAAUCAACUGAUGAAUGUUGCUCAAACCAAGUUCGGGAUCUGCGACAGUCGAAGUGGUGGCCGCUGGGAUUUGUGGACUAUGGAAGUUGUGGCCGGUAGAAGUUGUCGGCAGUGGGAUUUAGUGGUGGGUGGUCGAAGUUGUCGCCGCUGGGCAUCGUCGCCGUUCGGAGUCGUGGCUGGGUAUAUUGACAUGGACACAGAGGUUGAUAAAGUGGAUCAAGUUAGAGUUAGACAUCGAGUACAAACACAACACAUACUUGAACUAAAUAGUUCUCUGUCAUCAUUUCAAAAGGAAAGAAUAAAGAACACACCCUUUAAAUUUGUAGCUGAUUUAGUUAACAAUGUCGUCAUAUCUUGCCCAGUUCUUUUAGAAUUAAUUAGAAGGUGGGAUGUUGUUCAUAAAGGUUUUAAGAUUAGGGAAAAUGUAGUCCCUUUUACAGUUGAGGAUGUUUCUUUUUAUUUGGGUUUGUCCAAUGCCGGUGAAACUAUUAAUAUCGAAAAUGAUCAUGGUGGCAUUGCGAAUAACUUCUUUAAGGAUGAGGACAUAACACCUUCAACUAUAAUGGAAAAGUUGAGGGAUAAAAAAUUGAAAACCAAAAAAAGUGUUGACAAUUAUUNUAGGUUGUAUCUAUUGCUAACAUUUGGUGUAUUUUACUUCCCUAAGAAUACUGAAGUGAUCAACAAUGUCCCUUUUAGCAAAUUGGAUAACAUUGACAACCUACAUAUGUAUAACUGGGGCAACGCUGUGUAUAGUNNGGUAGUAGGNAGUUUGGAUCGAGNAGCGGAUANAUACAACUGUAGGACGUACAAACAUGNUAUACACAUAAGUGGUUGUGCANCAGUGUUACAGUUAUGGGUUAUGGAACACGUUAGUUUGUAUAGAAUUGGUGGUAGGAGUAUUUUUCCUCCAAUUCUUGAUUGGGUUAUUAUUACGGAUAAAUGGAAAAGAUUUAAAUCAACUUUUGAACGCACUGAGAUCUUAUGGGAGACAACUGAGGAAAUGAAGGAAACCCUGCCUUCUGGGGAGAGAAAUAAUAAGUCUAAUAACGACGAUGAUGACUAUGCGAGAGUUGUGGAAGAGCAAAGGCUGUUGAGGACAAUGGUGGAUAACCAUGCAGAACGCAUUCUACAAUUAGAAAAUACCAUCAAACGUCUACAAGAAGAUGAUUUGAAUGACAUACCACCUUUUAAUGAUGGUAUGGCAGGACGUUCGCCAGUUCAGAAAGGAAGUGAAAUAGUCAUUAACAAUUUUGUGGAUGGGGGCAUUCAUGGAUGUUCCAAAAAUGAGAACAUUGAUUUCUCAGCAGUAUACAGAACUUGUACUUCAGUGCUUUGUAAUGAUGGUCCUGAAGUACUUGUAGAAGUGUCAAACAAUAUGUUGACCAGAGCAGACUUUCAAUGCUUGAAACCGCGCGGAAAGAUUGAUAACAUGGUUAUGUUGUUUACUACCGGGAUGAUAGUACAUAAUGAAAUGAAGAUGUCAGGAUUGAUUACUCGAUGUUGUUUCAAUCCGUUUUUUGCGACAAUGGUUAUGGAAAGGAUGAAGAUUCCAAAGAAAAAGCGAUCACCGUUGACAAUAACAGAUUACCACCAGUUCUUCCAACCUCAAUCAAGUGCAUUAAAUGUUUUGUUAACAUCUAAAUUUUUGUUUGUGCCGACUGUUGGUGACGACCAUUGGUGGUGCUAUGCUAUCAACUGUCAAUCAAGGGAACUUUUCAUUUUGGAUUCCCUUGGUCACAAAAGACGGCCUAGAAAAAAAUAUGACAAGGUUAUGGUUGCAGCUUUACAAGAAUUAUUCAAUAUGAUCGACAUAGAUUCAAACAUUAAGGAGCAGGAAUUGAACGUCAUUGAAGAAGAAUUGCCUGAUCAACCAAAUACGUAUGAUUGUGGUGUGUUGGUGAUUAAAUAUAUGGAAUUAUGGGACCACAUGCCAAAAUUUGAUGGUAAAAAGAUGCCCGAUUACAUAACGGAACAAUUACAAGGUCUGCGACAACAAAUGGUUUGUGAAUGGGAAUUACAUGAGGACAAUGUUCAUCGGAGUUCGAUCUUGAAGAAAUGUGAGAUGGUUUAG